UCGUGCUCGACGCGCGCGAAGUUCACCGCCGAACCGGGAUUUAUAAAGCGUGUGUUUUCGCGUUUUUCGAUUGUCUGCCGUCUACAGGAAUUUUCAAGUCGCAAGUUGAUUAUGUUUAAAUUUUGUUAAAAAUCCCGAAAAAUACGAAUUAUACCUCUAUAAACAACAUAAAAUAGUAAUGAGUGAAUCCGCGGGUGUUAUCAGUUCCGAUGUACAGCGGACAGUUAAUUUGGACAUUAAGGAGUCUAACGAAAGAAAGCGCCGUCAUUCGUCGACUCCGAGCGAUGUUCUCGAAAGUGAUGAAUCCAUCAACCAGUCCUCGGUUGGAAUGAGUUCCCUAUCAACAGCCGAUAGUGAAUUUCAUGAAGCCAUAUCUCGCGAUCGAUUACGGCGACUGGAGUUCCUGGAGAGCCAGUUUUCGACCUUCGCCAAAUUCAUUGAACAAAGGACUGAGCAUCGUUCUCCCACCGAAGCCACAGAUGCCAAGGACUCGAAUAACAACCGGGCACCAGGGAGGCUGCGGACUCGAAAACUGGAAUGGACCGAGUGUAAAUCGGACGAAGAACAACAGCCCCAGCUGAUGCAGUUCGGCGAGUCGCCAAAGUUUAUCUGUGGGCAGCUGCGUGACUACCAGGUCGAGGGCUUGAAUUGGUUGAUCAAGCUUUUCGAAAACGGUAUCAACGGAAUCCUGGCGGAUGAGAUGGGCUUGGGAAAGACAUUGCAGGCAAUUGCGAUUAUCGGAUAUUUGAAGCAUUACAAGCGAAUGACCGGACCUCACGUUGUGAUAGUUCCAUUGUCGACGAUCGAAAACUGGAAACGGGAGUUCGAGCGCUUUUUGCCAGGAGUUCGAGUUUUACAUGGCCAUUGUCGCGGCGAUAAAAGACAUCUCCAUGAAAAGAUAACUGCAUCGCGCCGUAGUUGGGACGUUGUGGUGACUUCGUACCAGUUUUUCGUAACAGAGCAUACGUUCUUCAAGCGCCUGAACUAUCAGUACGUAGUGCUGGAUGAAGCGCAACGCUGCAAAAAUGAAAAUUCGCUACUACCGAAGGUGCUUCGCCAGACGAAUUUCCGUAAUCUGCUAUUCAUGACCGGAACGCCAAUAAACAACAAUCUGCACGAAUUAUGGGCACUGUUGAAUCUCCUCCUGCCGGAUUUGUUCCGCAAUUCCGAUGAUUUCGAUGAAUGGUUCAAAGUGGAAGACUGCAUUGACCCAAAUCACGAACGAGCGGUCAGAUUAAAGAACAUCCUGCAACCGAUCAUGUUACGACGCAUCAAAGCCGAUGUCGAGGCAACCAUUCCGCCCAAAAUUAAGACGACCUUCUUCAUCCCACCGACGAGGCAGAUGAACUACUGGUCAAAAAAGGUAUUUUGCAAAAAUAUUGAUGUCAUGAAGGGAAACGGUAGUUACAGCAAGUUCGCUAUGAGAAAUAUGUUUCCGUAUUUGCGUGAGGUAACUUUGCACCCUUACCUGAUCCCUGGGGGCGAGAAAGAAGAGACACUUUACGUCACUCAAGACAUUGUUGAUGUAUGUUCCCGAAUGAUUGUGUUGGACAAAUUGCUCACGACGCUGCGCAACCGAGGCGCUCGCAUCCUACUGUUCUCCCAGAUGGUCAUAAUGUUGGACAUUCUGCAGGAUUAUUUCGAAUGGAAGGGAUACAAGUACCAUAAAAUGACGGGAACUACCAGACAAGAAGAGCGACAAGUAAUGAUCGACGAGUUCAACGCACCCGGAUCGGAAACAUUUAUCUUCAUGAUCACGACUCGAACGGGUGGUAUCGGAAUCAACCUUCAAACCGCCGAUACGGUCAUAUUCUACGAUCUCGAUUGGAACCCCCAGGCGGAUUUCCAAGCGGAGGAUCGCGCUCAUCGCAUUGGACAAACGAAGCAAGUUCACGUGAUACGGUUCACAGUGGCUGGUACCGUGGACGAGUACGUGCAUAAGACUUCGAAUCGCAAACAAGCCCUGGAUAAGGCCAUCGUUCGGAAGAGUCUGGGAGAUAGCACCGAAGAUGCUGCGAUCAUCCACCACCGGAAAAAUCUCGAAAAGGUGAACACAAUCGACGAGGCGGCCGUUGACGAGCAGUUGGCCGAAAUGUUUGCCGAAAUCGAUCGAGGCGAGAGGAACGCCAAGGACGGUACGCUGCUGAAGAACAUCCGCUUCAGGAGCAGGAUGACGCGAUCGCCGUCGGAGGAGCGAGAACUUGAGAGCAUCAAACCAACCCCCAGGGAGUACGUUCCCGAGUUCGAUAUUAACAGAGUAGGGCCUAAGUUGCGUCCUCGCCCGGCAAAAAGAGUUUGCGUUGAUCCAGUGUUUGAUUUAUAUGAGGAAUGAGUUUGUUCAUGUUUUUAUGUGUGUGUUAUGUUUUAAUCAUUCCAGUUACCGUUCUUUAUUAUAACAAACCGAGCUCAUAGAGACUCAGUUAAAACGAUAUUUUACGUACCUGCUUAUGUCAACUGAAUUAAAUGUUUCACUUUUAUGUUUCUCGUAA